GACUAAGCAAUAGGCGGCAAAGCAGUCGCGUAAUACGUACCUCUAGGCUCUAGGCUAGGUACAGUACUAUUCCGCCUUGCCUUUGGAGCUACGACCCGACCUUUGCCUUGCACACUCCAAAGAAGCUUCAUUUUCCACCUUCGUCUUAUCCACAAAUUCCAUAAAGUCGCAAUCCGCAAUCCGCACCUUUCAAUCAACACAUAUUCAAACACAUUCUUCCCUCUCCCCACCGUCAAUAAAAACAAGCUUGAUCAUAUUAAUAUUCAAGCAUUUCCAUAUCAUAUCGUACUUUGACGUUGUGUUUUUUUUAGAGACAGUUAAAGAGAAACAAAACGAGAGAGUCCACCCCAACCCACCCUUCCGUUAUCCGCAUAAACUGCCAGAGUCGCUGCCUCGACCUCCACCACCAUGGCGCCGAACAGUGAACAGCCCAAGCCGGCUGAUAAGGGAAAAGGCAAGGCUGUCGACAACCAGGCUGGCGAGAAUAAGAAGGGCAAAGAUGCUCCACCCCAAGCUAAUGGCAAGAAGAAUGACGACAAGAUUGACUCAGCUGAGGAGUUGAGUGAAGAGGAUCAACAGCUCAAGAGCGAACUUGACAUGUUUGUCGAACGUUUAACGGAAUCCGAUGCAUCCCUCUACAAGCCGGCCCUGGAGGCUAUGAAAACCUCCAUCAAGACCUCGACAUCCUCGAUGACGGCGGUACCGAAACCGUUGAAGUUUUUAAGACCACACUACAUACCCAUGACGAAACUCUACGAAGAAUGGCCCGAGGGCGACGACAAGUCCUCGCUCGCCGACGUUUUGUCCGUCAUAGGAAUGACCUUCUCAGACGAGGAUCGCCAGGACACUCUGAAAUACCGCUUAUUAUCGCCGACACAGGACAUCGGUUCCUGGGGUCACGAAUACGUGCGUCACUUAGCCCUAGAGAUUGGUGAGGUGUAUGGAAAGCGUAUCGCCGCCGAAGAGCCAGUCAAGGAUCUAGUAGACCUAGCGCAGGUCCUUGUGCCACUGUUCCUUAAGAGCAACGCCGAAGCUGAUGCUGUUGAUCUCAUGAGCGAACUCGAGAUUAUCGAAUCGCUUCCUAACGUCGUCGAUGAGAAUACGUACCCCCGCGUCUGCCUAUACCUCGUCAGCAUGGUCAAUCUCUUGACUUACCCAGAAAACGAGCAGUUUCUUCGAACUGCCCAUACCAUCUACAGGAACUACAAGGAACUCGCUCAAGCUAUGGUGAUUGCUAUCCGGCUUAAUGACCCGGAGCUCAUUAUCUCCGAUUUCGACUCGACGGAUGAUCUCGCGUUGAAGAAACAGAUGUGUCUCUUGAUGGCCCGUCAAAAAUACUGGUUUAAUGCCACUCGCAACAUGGACUCUAAGGAAGAUCAGGCUGAGUUGGAUGACAUCGUCGCCAACAUCAGACUAUCCGACUACUUUAAGACACUAGGCAAGGAACUGAAUAUCCUCGAGCCCAAGACCACCGAAGACAUAUACAAGAGCCACCUGGAGAGCAGCCGAGUGGCCGGCAUGACGAAUCUGGACUCGGCGCGGCACAACCUAGCUGCCGCAUUUGUCAAUGGUUUUGUCAAUGCUGGUUUUGGUAGUGACAGGAUGAUGCUUGUAGAACAAGACAAGGAAAGCUGGGUAUGGAAGACGAAGGAUGAGGGCAUGAUGUCAACUGUCGCCUCUCUCGGAACACUUUUGAUGUGGGACGUGGAAAAUGGAUUGGAUAAGAUUGAUAAAUACACCUACGCCCCCGAGCCCCAAAUUAUCGCCGGGUCUAUGCUCGCUAUCGGCAUCAUGACCUCGGGCGUUCGUCUGGAUAGUGAGCCUGCCCUAGCAUUGCUUGGCGAUGUGGAAAAGCUGGAGCAUAAGGACUCCCUUGUCCGAAUAGGGGCUGUUAUGGGCCUUGGACUUUCUUACGCUGGCUCCCAUAAGGAGGAGGUACUAGAGCUGCUAUUGCCGAUCGUCACUAAUGCAGAUAAUGACAUGCAAAUGUCUGCUUUGGCAGCUCUAUCCUGCGGGUUAAUCCACGUUGGGUCCGCUAAUCCCACGGCUACCGAGGACAUUAUGUCUGUCUUGUUAGACGAAGAGCGAGGAAAUCAGUUUUCGGAUAAGUGGAUGCGCUUUCUGGCUCUUGGUCUCGGACUUCUCUACUUCGGCCGCCAGGAAGAGGUGGAUGUCAUCCUGGAGACUCUCAAGGCGGUACCCCACCCCAUGGGACGGCCGACUGCGAUUCUCGCAGAGGUCUGUGCCUGGGCUGGCACUGGCGCCGUGCUGAAGAUCCAAGAUCUGCUACAUAUCUGCAAUGAGCACAUCGACGCGGACUCGGAGGAGAAGAAGUGCGAUGAGCUGCUACAAAUGUACGCAGUCCUCGGAAUUGCGCUAGUUGCCAUGGGCGAAGAUGUUGGCCAAGAAAUGGUCCUACGACAAUUUGGCCAUCUCAUGCACUAUGGCGAGCCCAACAUUCGGCGUGUCGUGCCGCUGGCUAUGGGUCUAAUCAGCCCUAGCAAUCCACAAAUGAGGGUCUACGAUACGCUGUCCCGGUAUAGUCACGAUAACGACAACGAUGUCGCGAUAAAUGCGAUCUUUGCCAUGGGUCUACUCGGCGCCGGCACGAACAACGCUAGGUUGGCCCAGCUUCUGCGACAACUGGCGAGCUACUAUCACCGCGACCAAGAAUCACUUUUCAUGGUUCGUAUCGCGCAGGGCCUCUUACACAUGGGCAAGGGCACCAUGUCCCUCAAUCCCUUCCACACAGACCGACAGAUCCUCUCUAGAGUCGCGACUGCUGGUCUGCUUGCCACCCUGGUAGCUAUGGUUGACGCCAAACAAUUCAUCACCUCCAACUCUCAUUACCUCCUAUACUACCUCGUCACAGCUAUGAAUCCUCGUUUCCUGGUUACGUUAGACGAAGAACUUAAGCCGUUGACCGUCAACGUCCGUGUUGGUCAGGCCGUCGACGUGGUUGGACAGGCAGGUCGACCCAAGACGAUUACGGGAUGGCAAACACAGAGCACACCCGUACUGCUAGCGUACGGCGAAAGGGCAGAAUUAGAAGACGAGGAGUAUAUCAGCCUUAGCAGCACACUAGAAGGUCUUGUUAUUCUCCGCAAGAAUCCGGACUGGGACAACGGCAAGUAAAUAGAUAGAUAGAUAGGUGAUGACAACCGACUUUAUUGAUGCUACUCUGGUAGACAAUCAAGCUAUUCCAGGAUGUCAGGGAGGGGUUGUGAGGGUAAAACCGGCCACCCUAUGUCCCUCUAUGCUAUGCAAUGCAGUCGGUGUGAUGGAGGAAGAAGAAAAAUAAAGACAAAAGAUGUACUAUUAAAAUACAAAUAAUGCAACCCCCCGAGCAUCACCAGUUCUAUGGGGGGUGGUUUUUUUAACUCCCUUUUUUUUUCUUCUCUA